AUGUACUUUCCAAUUCAAUGUCGGUAACAAUUUGUAAAUAAAUAUUAAUUCUUAUAAAUAACAUUUAUAUAAUUCCAUAUCGUAUAAACAAUGGCUCAUAUACAGUUUGUGGAUGAGUUAGUACGAGAAUAUUUACUUUUUCGUGGUUUUACAUCAACUGUUAAAGCAUUUGAUAACGAUUUGAAGGCUGAUAAAGACAAAGGCUUUAGAGUUGACAAAAUUGUGGACCAAAUAUUACAUUACGUUAAUGUUUCUGACCUCGCUGGGCUCAAGGAAUAUUGGUCGCACCUAGACAGCUUAGUAUUUUCAAAAUUAGAAGUACAUGUGCAACCGGCUGUACGUAAAAUAGAAUAUAGCCUGUACAAAAUGUACUUAGUAACAGCAGCACAGAGCACUGGGGGUGUGAGAAAUGAAAAAGUAUCAGAAUUUUUAUCAAAAAUGCUCACAGAACUGCAAGGUCAAAAUGAGUGGAAAGAAUGGUUUAUGUUGCCAUAUAUUCAAAAACCAGAAGAAAACCCAUCAUUCAGCUUAUACUUCACACGAGCUUGGCAAGACAGUGUACUUGUGUCGCUGCAUAAUUUGUUGGCUACAGUCUUCCAAUGCAUGCCACAACCAACGCUCACCAGUUAUGAAAAUGAUGCAACAUUGGUGAAGAAAUUACAGGAUGAAAUUAUAGCACUCAGAGGCAAGAUGCAGCAACAAUCUAUAGACAAGACAUCACCCAUAGGCCAUCAAUCCCGUUUAGCUCAGUAUUCUGAUAGACUCAGUGGGCCUAUGCCUCUAGUUGAUGACUUCUGUGCUGUCCCAGCGGAACAACUGGACAGUGGCCUGCGAGAAGCACGAGGGUUACGAGGUCUUCUCCGACAAAUGGGUGGCAGUCCAGUUAUGGGACGAAAAACACCAAGAUCUCAAAGUCAAAAUUGAUCCUGGGAUAUUUUUUAUAUUUCGAACAUUGUGAAGUUUUGUGAUUUGAGAAGGUUAUUCAAAAGUUCUGCGCAUUCCGAUACCAAAGUUGAAAAAGACGAGUUUGUAGAAAUAAUGUGAUGUGUUUAGUGAUUUAUUCUUCUGAUAGUUAAACAUUUUGCAUCUAGAGAUCUUACUCUGACAUGUCCAAAAAACAAAAUAUUGUACAUUUUUAAUCAUAUCUCCUUUGUUAUUAAUCAUACUUGUACCCAUGUUUUAAAAUAUUGACUUUAUUUAUAUAUUUUGACUUUUCU